UGAAUCAUGUAUAGAAGUUCAGCAUAAGUAUUGUUAGUACAGUGCAAUAUCAGGAGAUCAACAUGGGUGGAUCAAACUCGAAACAAGACAACAAUAGCGAUGGGGACCAGGAGCAUAUCAUAUCAAUGAAAGGUGUUGAGCAAUCCAUAUCAGGUGAUAUUGCUCAAAUAGAAGUUGGUGAAUAUGCUGAGAAUAUUGAUGAACUUAACCAGAGGAAGUAUGACUAUGAGAAUCUUAUCUUGGAAGGAGGAGGUACAAAAGGGCUUGCCUACUGCGGUACCCUAACUGUUCUAGAGGAUCUGGGUAUUACUAAGAACUUGAAGAGAUUUGCUGGAUCGAGUGCCGGUGCUAUGUUGGCAACUCUCAUAGCUGUUGGGUUCUCGGCUGCAGAGUUGGAGGUCAUCGUAAGACGGGACAUGAAAAGCAUAGAGUUUUUCCAAGAUGCCACAUUCGGCAAAUUGUCCUUACUAUGGAACAUGGUCAAAUAUCAAGGCUGGCAUCCAUGUAAAAAAGUUGAGAACCAGUUUGAACUCUACAUUGAAGAAAAACAAGGAAAGCGCAAACUUACUUUCUUAGAGUUGUAUCAAAAAACGGGGAAAGAGUUGUGCAUUAUUGUGACGAAUUUGACCACAAUGAGCGUGGAAUAUUUCCAUCCAAAAACAACACCUAAUGUAUCAAUAGCUCUCGCCGUGAGAAUGUCUAUUGGAUUACCUGGUUUCGUUCAACCAACAGUGGUGAAAAAAUAUGGCCUUAAUCACUGUUACAUAGAUGGCGGAGUACUCUGCAACUACCCCAUACAUUGUUUCGAUGGUUGGUACUUAUCAAUGGAUCCCAAGGACAGUUUCUUUCGGAAACUUGAAGACAUGACUAGUACAAACAGAGGACACACAUUUGGGGGAUACAAUGACAAAACACUUGGACUUCUCUUGUAUUCUGGUGAUGAAUCUGAGUUCAUGGUACAAGCUUUUGAAGAAAGGUCGAUCCCUAUUGAACGCCCAAAUACCGAACUUUCCAGAAAGAACGGUAAAAUUAUUGAUGAGCACAAAGCAAGAGAGCAAGAAAGGACCAACAUCUUUGAAGCUGCUAGGAAUUUUUGGAUGGUCCUUCGAAGCAGCGAUGUGGAUGGCAGUAACACAAUUGACAUUGAUGAGUUACAACAGGCUAUAGAGCACAGUGACUUCAAGGAACAUCAUGCCAAGGCUCUCUUUGGUGACACUCCCCUGAGUACUAUUUUCAAAGAAAUGGACAUUGAUGGAAAUGGGGAGGUGACAUUCGAUGAAUUCAUUAUGUACAUGGAGAAGAAAAGCGUUGAUUUCAUGUGCUACAUGCACAAUAUGUCAGUCCAGGAUGGCACUGACACAAUAGGUGGAUAUCUCUCCGCCUUUCAGGCAAUGAUUGAAAUGAACUUGAAACAGCUAUAUAUGAAGAAUACUGAUGUGAAAAGGACCAUUGGAAUAAACACAGACUAUAUAAAGACAACAGAUGUUAUGGUUGGACUUGAUGUGAAAGAUCAAGACUUCCUUGUUGCAUGUGGCAAAGCUUCUGCCUUACAAUUCUUAACAAUGAAAAACAAAUGUUAAAUAUUGACCAAUAAAGCUUAAGGUUAAUGGGAGUAAUAGAGAAAAGAAAGGAAUAAGUUUGGAAAAAAUGUCACAACUUUAAAGUUUUUUUUUUGCUUUUAUCAUUCCGUGUUAUUUUUGGAAUCAUUGCUUUUUGAAAAUAUUGCUUCAGUAAUUUUGAUGCAUUCUCUAUCCCUUCUAUUUAUUAAAAAUAACAAUGAUAUAAAUGAGCUAUACACGAGCUUGCAUCUAGUCUAUUCAGUCAACUAAUUAAAGCCAUACAGUAUUUAAUAAUUCCUUUUACACCUGCGUCAUGUGGGUAAUAAUAUGUUAAGGAAAGUAAUAAGACAUCUGGGAUAUAUAUACUCAAUUAUUACCUUUUGCAUUCGUUUGACUUCACUUCUUAAAAAAGAGCUUCGUCUUCACUUUUUCAGUUUACAAUUUUCUGAACUCACCAAGCUAAUCAGAGUUGGUCUGUGAAAUAUGGGCAACUUUCUAUGUAUGGUCAUUUCCUCUGACCUGAUAACAUAGUAAAUGAGCACACAUUUACCAUGUGUUCCUUCCAUCUCUCUGAUUGGUUGAGAAAAGGUCAGCGCUGUUAGUUUGAAAUGAUUUAUGACUCAGGCUGUCAUGUGCAAUGGUCAUGGAGGUAGGACUGCUAAACUGUUGUAUAGCCAAACUAGGUAAAGGGCCUGGGGGGUUCACUGUAUAUAAAAUUCGGCGGGGGUCCUGGGCUGAACCCUCAUAUAUCAAUAUAUUCACAUGCCAAAAUGUCAAAUUUGGAUGUGUUCCCAUACCAACCAAAAUAGUUCUCAAAAGCCAUACCAAAUGCCCAAAUAUGAGACCAAUGUGAUACCAAAUGCCCAAAUAUGAGACCAAUGCCAUACCAAAUGUUUAAAUAUUGGACCAAUGCCAUACCAAAUGUGUAAAUAUUGGAGCAAUGCCAUACCAAUGCUAUGACUGGUACAAAGUAGAAUAUUUCCCGGGGAAAAAAGCUGAUAUUUAAACUGAAGAAAGUCCCAAGAAGAAGUCUGCUAUGUGCAUUUUAGGCAUAUGUAACAAAUGACAGGUGGUAACAUUUUGCAUGUUAGUGCCUUGUUGUAUUUGAAGUCUUAUGAAAUAGAAUCCUAAAGAAAUUGUCAAUGGAGACAAAGAAAUGUUUCAAGUUACCUAAGAUAUUCAUCUCAUCUCCAUAUGUCGUAUAGUUCGCUACGUCAGUCGUGUUUGACAUAUUCGUUCUUUGAUAUUCAAUACAUGACAUCCCUCUCUGAAAAAUAGCAUAUUUUAAAAGAAGAUUAAACAAUAAACUCUGAAGUUAUGACGCAGUUUCAGAAAAAUAAGAUUGUAUUAUUUGCUGUCAUGACCAUUGUGAUUUUUAAAGAUCUGUAUCAAGAUGUUGGGUAUCUAUAGAUAAUGGAGUAUGUACAGUAUAUAUCAAGGAUCAGCAUUUGCUCAAUAUACCAAUACACCAUCUAUUAACAUGAUUUAAAAUCAAUCAUACUCAAUAUUAUUACUGUAUUUGUUAAGCUAUUACUAUGUAAAACUUACUGUUUCCUCAGUCACCUGUAGUAAAUUCCUUGGAAUUAAUUUCCUUAUGAAAUCAGCAAAAACAUCUGUUAAUCUGUAGCAAGAGGCUGAAUGUGCUCCAUCUGUCAGCCUGACCCCCUCUCCUGGUCUAACAGCGACCCCUAGUAGCAGCCCAAUACAACUACAUAUGGUCAUGGUCAUUAUACUAUAUGCAAGAGCUACUGCUAUGAUUUUGCCAUCAGCUCUUAGCCCCAUUGUAGAUGCCCCUGUUGAGAAAAAGUAUGAUGACUUUAAAGUAAUAUGCAAAUUGUACUUUGAAUGAUUCACCAGGAUGCAUGAACAUUUUAUUAAUGUCUAUUAAUUAAUUAAUUUUUUUAUUAAUUUUAUAGAGAUUAAAGGGACAACAAGAUUCGAGCAGCAUAAAAGCUUCUGCUCGUAUCUGUAGCAUAAGAAUUUAUGAAUUUCUGUAUCUUAUAUCUUAAUAGCUUCAAAUAUGUGAUCAAAUAUCUCAAUUCCUCUUUUCAGGUAAUUCAGUUAGGCAAAGGAAGCCAUGGC